UUGCUUCUUCAAGUUUGGUUACAAACUAAUUUUUUUGUGACACUGGCAUCGGUCAAACUUUUUUCUGAGCUGUUUGACUGCAGUUCAAGUAUCACUUAUGCACAGGAUGAUUAUGUUAUAUAUGAAGGCGGUCGCAUUUACCUAAAAAAUCCAUAUAAAUAUGACUUUUCCAAAGAAGAAUGUCCAACGUUAUCAGAAGGAAAGCGUCUUAGUAUUGGUUCACGCAAAUCCGCUUGCGUUGUAGAAGGACCGAAAGGCCGUGGCAGUUGUAACGUUGCAGUCGUUUUAGAUAGUAAGUUUGCUGUUAUAAGUAGUGCCAAUUUCAUACUCAGGUUUCCACAACUGCCACUUCUGGUUAAUAGAAAAGCGAAUGGGAGAGAAAGCUACUUUCCUAUGGAGCUGUGUUACAUCCUCGAGAAUCAACGAGUAAAACAGAAACAGCAAACAGCUGUUCAGAUAAAAGAAAUGAGAAAGGUAAAGGUUUACUUUAAGGUUCGAAAGCAUGAAAUCCUUACCCAGGAUCUGAAACUCACAAGUGUUAUGAACGUGAUUAGGGGAAAUAAAAGUCAGACCCUCGAAAAUAUAGUCAAUAAACUGAACAUUAAACUAGGAGGGCUCAAUUACACGUUGCUUUCUCCAGACCGACGGUUAGUUUGUGUAGAAGUCGCACGAGGUGGCGUUUUAACCCCUACAGUUGUUGGGUAUGCAGCAAACUCAAAAAAUGAUAAUUAUGAGUUCGUUGGUGAUUUUGGCUUUCAUGACGCUCAGCGUACUGAGAUGCAAGCAUUCCCAGAACUUCAAAUAGCGACUUAUUUUAAAUAUCAGAAUCAUGAAGUUCCGUUAAUACGUAAAGGGUUGGUUGAAGGAGGUUGCGAUCCUGCUGUGAAAGUUACGAUGAUAGUAGUUAAUAGGAUGCAUAAUAUUCGAAUUCAGUUGGAUCCACGGGCUCGUUCUGUGGAGCAGAACUGUAAGCCCGGCACUGUUCUUGAUGAACAAGUCGUCCACCCGCGUUUCAGCGAGUUUUAUCUAAAUUCUCACAAAGCGUUACAGGGCACCAGCAAGACUCCAAGGUACACGGUCGUCGUCGAUGAUUCUGGAUUUUCUUUAGACGACUUGGAGAUGAUGACAUACGCGCUUUGUUACUGCCAUCAGAUCGUAAAUUCGCCAACUUCUAUUCCUGCCCCUUUGUACAUAGCUACUAGGUAUGCAGAAAGAGGCCGUCGCGUAAUUAAUUCCGAAUCUGCAUAUGGACCGAGAAGAAUAGCUAAUUUACGCCUUCUAAAUGAGGAUCUCCCUUAUUACAACACACAUCUCGCAGAAGCUCGUAUUAACGCUUAG